UUCUUAAGUGAAAUUUGUGACAAUUUGUGACAGAUGUAUGUCAACCUGACGUGUCUUUAAAUUUGCAUUAUUGUGAAAUAUUUAUUUAAAAUCGAAGUAAAUAUUCGACUAUACACCUUGACCACAACAUGGUAAAAUUAUACGCGCUUUCCCUUUUCCUAAAAGGCAGCAAUGUUAAAACGCUGACGUCUGCCUAUGAUUUACAGUCUUUCGGAUAUUUUCAAAGGUCCAGCGUAAAAGAGUUCAUGGACUUUACGGGAAGGAUUAUUGUUGAGCGAACAAGGACAAAAGAAAGGGCUUCUGUAAAAGAACAAGAAUAUGUCUGCCAUGUUUACGUCCGAGAGAACAACUUGUCUGGUGUCCUGAUAUCAGAUGCAGAAUAUCCAUCACGAGUAGCAUUUACACUGCUAGGAAAAGUUUUAGAUGAUUUUCUUCAAGAAUAUCCACUACAUAGGUUGUCUACCUUGGAACAAAAGGAUAUCGUAUUUCCAAAAUGUGCGGAAUACUUAGAAAAAUAUCAAAAUCCAACUCAAGCUGACCCCAUGAUGAAAGUUCAAGCAGAAUUAGAUGAAACCAAAAUAGUUUUGCACAACACAAUUGAGAGUGUAUUAGAGAGAGGAGAAAAACUGGAUGAUUUAGUGGACAAAUCAAGAGAAUUGACAUUACAAUCAAAAACGUUCUACAGCACGGCAAAAAAGACAAAUUCAUGCUGUGUUAUUUUAUAACUCAACAGAGGAUGAAUCUGUACAGGGCAAAUGCUGAGGAUGGAGUGUAUAUAAAC